CCCCCCCCCGCCCCGGCGAGCAGCGCCGCCGCCGCCGCCGCCGCCGCCGCCUCGGUGCUGCGCGGGGCUCGGCGGGGAGCGAUGCGGGCAGCGGUUCCCAUUUUGAAAGCCAUUAGAAGAUAUUCUGCCACCCUAUUGGAUUAUUCCCUAUACAACGCAGCAUGUCACUGUGCCCUGGAUUUUAUAAGGUGGCCAUGAUUUAAUCCCCACUUCCAAUUUCUAUGUAUUGGUGAAGCAUUGGAGCUCUUUAGAGCUGCUGUUACUUGCGUGGAAACUGAUCUGUCUUGAAUCCCUUCUCCAAAGGACUAGACGUUACUAGCAAUGAGCUCCCAAAGCCAUCCAGAUGGGCUUUCUGGCAGAGACCAGCCAGUAGAGCUGUUGAAUCCACCUAGAGUGAACCACAUGCCUAGCUCUGUUGAUGUGACCACAGCACUGCCCUUGCAAGUCGCACCGACUUCAGUCCCGAUGGAUCUGCGCUUGGACCACCAGUUUUCCAUGCCCGUGACGGAGCCGACGCUGCGGGAACAGCAGCUUCAGCAAGAGCUCCUGGCGCUGAAGCAGAAGCAGCAGAUCCAGAGGCAGAUCCUCAUCGCCGAGUUCCAGCGGCAGCACGAGCAGCUCUCCCGGCAGCACGAGGCCCAGCUGCACGAGCACAUCAAACAGCAGCAGGAGAUGCUGGCAAUGAAGCAUCAGCAGGAACUGUUGGAGCACCAGAGGAAGUUGGAGCAGCACCGACAGGAGCAGGAGCUGGAGAAGCAGCACCGAGAGCAGAAACUUCAGCAGCUAAAAAACAAAGAGAAAGGAAAAGAGAGUGCAGUGGCAAGCACAGAAGUAAAGAUGAAAUUACAAGAAUUUGUCUUAAAUAAGAAGAAGGCAUUGGCACACCGGAAUCUCAACCACUGUAUAUCCAGCGACCCUCGCUUCUGGUACGGGAAGACACAGCACAGCUCUCUGGACCAGAGCUCCCCACCCCAAAGUGGCGUAUCCGGCACCUACAAUCACCCUGUACUGGGGAUGUAUGAUUCCAAAGAUGACUUCCCACUCAGAAAAACAGCGUCUGAACCCAAUCUGAAGUUACGAUCCAGACUAAAGCAAAAAGUUGCCGAAAGACGAAGCAGUCCCCUCUUGCGCAGAAAAGACGGUCCGGUGGUUACUGCUCUUAAGAAGCGCCCGCUGGAUGUCACAGGUACGUCGGACUCUGCAUGCAACAGUGCUCCUGGAUCUGGUCCCAGCUCUCCAAACAACAGCUCCAAUAACAUAAGCGCCGAGAACGGAAUUGCAGGAUCAGUCACGAGUAUUCAAGCAGAGACCAGCCUGGCUCACAGACUUGUGAAUCGUGAAGGCUCGGUAACACAGCUCCCACUCUACACGUCUCCCUCUUUGCCCAACAUCACGCUAGGACUGCCUGCAACUGGUCCUUCCAGCGGAGGAUCAGCACAGCAGGACGCGGAGAGGCUUACUAUCCCAACCUUACAGCAGCGGAUCUCUUUAUUUCCUGGCACUCACCUCACUCCCUACUUGAGCACUACGACGUUGGAAAGAGAUGGGGGAACUGCACAUAACCCUCUUCUGCAACACAUGGUCCUACUGGAACAGCCAACUGCACAAACUCCCUUAGUCACAGACUGGUAUCUUUCAGGACUGCCCCUCCAUGCACAGUCUCUGGUUGGUGGAGAACGGGUCUCCCCUUCAAUACACAAACUCCGGCAGCAUCGCCCGCUGGGGCGCACCCAGUCUGCUCCCCUUCCCCAGAACGCCCAGGCCCUCCAGCAGCUAGUGAUCCAGCAGCAGCACCAGCAGUUCUUGGAGAAACACAAACAGCAAUUCCAGCAACAGCAACUGCACAUCAACAAGAUUAUAUCAAAACCCAACGAACCAGCUCGCCAGCAUGAAAGCCACCCUGAGGAGACAGAAGAAGAGUUACGGGAACACCAAGCCCUUUUGGAGGAGCCAUACAGCGACAGAGUCGCAAGCCAAAAGGAGGCCCCAGGGCUGGCCAACAUGGUGCAAGUGAAGCAAGAACCCAUCGAGAGUGAUGAGGAGGAAUCGGAGCCGCAGCAGGAGCUGGAGUCUGGGCAGAGGCAGGCUGAGCAGGAGCUGCUCUUCCGUCAGCAAGCUCUUCUGUUGGAGCAGCAACGCAUUCACCAGCUGAGAAACUACCAGGCGUCGCUGGAGGCAGCUGGCAUGCCCGUCUCUUUCGGAGGGCAUCGGCCUCUGUCCCGUGCACAGUCCUCACCCGCCUCGGCCACCUUCCCGAUGUCCGUCCAGGAGCCACCCACUAAGCCAAGGUUCACAACAGGCCUUGUAUAUGACACCUUGAUGCUGAAGCACCAGUGUACCUGUGGAAACACCAACAGCCACCCAGAGCACGCGGGGAGGAUCCAGAGCAUCUGGUCCCGGCUCCAGGAGACGGGUCUCCGUGGCAAGUGUGAGUGCAUUCGUGGAAGAAAAGCAACUCUAGAAGAGCUGCAGACAGUUCACUCGGAAGCCCAUACACUGCUGUACGGCACAAACCCUCUGAACAGACAGAAACUGGACAGCAAGAAACUUCUAGGUUCUCUAACGUCAAUGUUUGUCAGGCUUCCUUGCGGUGGUGUCGGGGUCGACAGUGACACAAUUUGGAACGAAGUUCACUCGUCCGGUGCCGCUCGCCUGGCCGUGGGCUGUGUCAUUGAGCUCGUUUUCAAAGUAGCCACGGGAGAGCUGAAGAAUGGAUUUGCUGUUGUUCGGCCUCCGGGUCACCAUGCGGAAGAGAGCACACCCAUGGGUUUCUGCUAUUUUAACUCCGUGGCAAUCGCAGCCAAGCUGCUGCAACAGAGGCUGAACGUUAGCAAAAUCCUUAUAGUGGACUGGGAUGUUCACCACGGGAAUGGUACUCAGCAAGCUUUCUACAACGAUCCUAAUGUUCUUUAUAUUUCACUACAUCGCUAUGAUGAUGGGAACUUCUUUCCAGGCAGCGGUGCUCCCGACGAGGUUGGCACAGGAGCAGGAGUUGGUUUCAAUGUUAACAUGGCCUUUACUGGUGGCCUUGAUCCACCGAUGGGAGACACAGAAUACUUAACUGCUUUCAGAACGGUAGUAAUGCCCAUUGCCAAUGAAUUUGCCCCAGAUGUUGUGCUGGUGUCGUCUGGUUUCGAUGCGGUGGAAGGCCAUCCCACACCUCUUGGAGGAUACAAUCUGUCAGCAAAAUGCUUCGGGUACCUGACGAAGCAGCUGAUGGGCCUGGCCGGGGGUCGCGUCGUCCUGGCCCUCGAAGGAGGCCACGACCUGACUGCCAUUUGCGAUGCCUCGGAAGCGUGUGUUUCUGCUUUGCUGGGAAACGAGCUUGACCCUCUUCCAGAAAAGGUUUUCCAGCAGAGAGCGAACGCGAAUGCGGUGCACUCAAUGGAGAAAGUAAUCGAGAUACACAGCAAGUACUGGCAUUCACUCCAGCGUUGCUCCUCCACGGUGGGGUACUCCCUGGUCGAGGCUCAGAAGUGCGAGAACGAGGAGGCGGAGACGGUAACGGCCAUGGCGUCUCUGUCAGUGGGCGUGAAGCCGGCCGAGAAGAGACCCGACGAUGAACCCAUGGAAGAAGAACCUCCCCUGUAGCAUUCACCUUCGAGCUGGAGUUCUCCUGUUUGUUCGUCUUCGUCUUGAAGCUCUGACAAGAAGCUUUCUCUUGUUACUCCUGUGUCCUGUCAUGGUUUUUUCCAGAAUACGGAAGGACAACCAGGUGUAAAACAAAGCAACGGAAAAAAAAAAAAUCUCUCCAUAUCUAUAUGCGUCUACAGUAUAGAUUUGCUGAAAAAGAAAAAUGCCGGUGAAGAGCAGUAAAGGACUGACACGCUGGGCACUCUUCCUCUGGGCCUCACUGGGAGCAGAAAGAGGAAUGACGCCCGUGAAGUCUUUGGCAGAGUUGCCAAAAAAAAAAAAAAUAAAUAAAAAAAAAAAAAUCAAAGAUUCAACAACACAUGCGAAAAUAAAACAAACAAACCUUAACGUAAAACUGGUGCUUACAAUUUGAUUACCCACAAUUCAGCAAUCUCCGCUUGAACCACUCAACCCAUCUUGUAGUUUCAUUUCUUGGAUUUUUUAUAUGGCUCUUGCCUGCCUGUGAGUCGACGACGUUCUUGUCGAAACCAGAACAAUGGGAGAUGGUGUAUUUUUAACGGGGAGGGACAGGGAAAGAGGGACUUGUCUUACAUCUAAAGGAAAGGGAAAGAGAAGGGGGGAAACGGUAGCCCAGAUGGAGUCGGCUUUAUUGUCUCCAAAGCCAUCUGAAGAUGAGUUUGUGCCUUUUUUUUUAAUUGAUGGAUUUGGUGCAGCUGGAUUUUCUGAAGUUUGAGGAACAAUGCCUUAAGUAAAAAAAAAAAAAAAGAAAAAGAAAAAAAAAAUUAAAAAAAAACACACACACAAAAACAAAACAAAAAAAAACCACAAAGAACACAGCAGUUCAUGAAUAUUUUUCCUCUGGUUGGGAAAGCCAAGAACUGCCAUCAGGAAGGAAGACUUUUUGGCUUGUGCUGGCAUGAUGGUGGGAAGCAGGCAUCAGCUGAACAGAGCGUCUCCAAAAACUGUCUACAAGUUUGGAUUUGUUUUGUUUUCUUUCAUUGCUGUUUCAAAAAAAAAAAAAAAAAAAAAGAAAAAAAAAAAUUAAGGUAGUUGCCAAAAAAGUGGCAAAUACUGUUGGGUCUUUGAAAUUCAACCAUUUUUAAAUACAAAUUUUCAAAUGUUUUCUCUCUUCUACAUUAUCUAGUAAUUGAACUUAUCAAUUUGGUUGUUGAAGCAUGUAUUAGACACAAAUGCAGGUUUAAGACUGGAAUGCUUUUUAUUAAAAGCAACUAGCAUGAGAUAUUGCUUAAAUUGUUAGGUAUAAAUAUAUAUAUGUGUAUAAUGUAUAUUCCAAAUGUAUUCCAAGCUUAGAAACCGGAUUCCUAUGAAUUAUUGAUAAAAAUAUUUAUGAUGCAUUUAUAGAAAAAUAUAUGUAAUAAAUGCAUACUAUAACAGUAGCCAUUGGAAGCUCCCUAGGGACAGAUUUGGGAAUUGGAAUGUAAAAGGUGCUUUUGGAAAAGGAUCCAGGUUGAAACUCGAGGAUUUUCAGACGACAGGUUGGAAAGUUUUUCAGAAAGCCAACACGUUAGCCACUGGGCAACUACCCUAAACAUUUGUAUUUUAAUUUAAGGUUUUUAGUUGUGAUCCUUUUCUAACAAAGAAAAAAAAAAUGAGUUUUUUAUAGCAAAGACUAUGAAUUUGCUGUUAAUUUUUAUAUCGAUAUUUCACAAAACCCUAAAGAAGCCUUGUUUGUGUGACUCUGACGUUUAUUUUCUAUUUGGCAGGUUUCAUUUCCGAACGGCAAUAGCGUCUAAACCUUUUUUCCUCCCACUUUUCUUGCUUGUACAUUAUUUUUUUUGUUUGUUUGUUUAAAUUUUUCUCUUUUUUUUUUCCUUUUUUCUUAAGUCUUCUGUACAGUGAGCAGCUUUCUGCAGGCGUAAGGAACUGUGGCAGAUUGUCAGCGUUUAUUUUUUUCGGAAAGGGCGCAGUUUUAUCGAGGAGGGAACGCGAUGGGCUCUUUUGUAAUAAUGAUACCGCCGACUGUAUAUUUCCUCAGUUCUGUUAUAGUAGCUGUGUAAAGAAAAUAAGGAGUUUUCUUACCUUUGACGUAGUGGGAUUCCAGUGGGCGCUGUCUUUGUCCUCGGCGCGGAUCGUAGCGCGGAUUCCAGGCGGCUGCCGUAGCGGCCCGCCCUCGGGAAGGCCGCUCGGACGCUCGUGGGACACCUGGCAUUUUCUCUUCGCCGGACAGACGGACACGCAGACACGCACGCACACCUCCCCACCUCCUCUUUCUCACUUUCUCUCCUUUCUUCCCGUCGCUGGUAGGGUUGGAGAACUUUUCCCGAAGGCGGUUUGUUGUUUGGUUUUUUGUUUUUUUUUUUUUUUUGUUUUUUUGUUUUUUUUUUCCCGCCCCCCCCCCCCCCCCCCCAGCACCCCGAGGAGGUGCUGUCGCCUCCUGCAAACGGCGGGUGGGAGCAGCAGCGAAGCCCUGCCACGAAGAAUUUGAGCAGCUUAGAGGAGACCGGAUUGACACGCGUGCCUUCUUACAGCGGUGUAGGAUAGCACACACCCCGCCUCCGAACAACCAAGGGUAGCUUUUUUUUUUUUUUUUUUUUUAAUUACUAAUAUUAUUAUUAUUUUAUUCUGUUACGAUGACGACUGACGGGGUUGCUUCCAGUAACUUAUUUUUUUCCAGUUCUUGAAGCGGCCACUUUCAUUCCAUUCAGGACUCGCUCGCGGGAGGAAUAUUGAAGCAUAAUCAUACGUGUGAGCAAACGCAAGAGGCUUUUCCUUUAUUCCUCGGUUUAUAAUGCGAUUUUAAAACCAGACACUACUGCAUUUGAGUUUUGCAAACCCAAGUACGUGUUAAAAUCAUGAACAGCUUCGGUCGCGUCGGAACCAUCCUCAGCAUAUUCUAAAAACAACCUUCCCGUGUGAAAACACGACGUACCUGGAGGUGUUGUGGUUGGGUUUUUUUCAACCAACCGCUUUGCUGCUGUGAUCUAAAAUUAGUCUGGCUGCCGAAUCUGGUGACUGACUUUAAAUUUUCCUUUUGCCGUGUACACGCGGUGGGCAGUAACCAUGUUUACACGAUCGUUUCGGUUGUCAGCUCUUCCCUGGAGGGUUUUUGUAUUUCUCCUCUCGGCCGUGGCGAAGCUUUUUCUUUUCUUUUCGCGUUCCUGAGAGCUGCCGGCUGGCCGUGCUGAGCCGGUUUCUUUCUAAAAAUCGGAGGAGCUUGUCAGGAUGCCACCUUCGUUUCUUUCCAUCGUUUCCGCUCAGCUUUUUGCCAGGGACGGGAAGGUUUUUUUUUUUUUUCCCCGAGACGGCGGAGCUCGUCUCCUCCAAACUCCCGGCGACGCGGAUGCGUUUUCGCCCCGGGUGAGGUGGGGCUGCUCUUCAGGGCCGGUGCAGGCGCAGAGCCCGGGGGGGGGGGAAGAGCCCUCGUUUUGGGGCUCGCCGGGGUUUUUUUCACCUUUUGAGCCGUUGGCUUCUUGAUUUCAGACGAUUUUGCCGUCGGGCGGCUGCGCCAGCGGGGCGGGAGCCCGGGAUGCUCCUGCAUCCCAGCGCGGUGCUGCCCGGGGCACCCUUCGUACCUGCUUGGGAAAAAAGGAGCAUCUUUCAGUCCUCUUUGCAGAGAAGCGAGGCCCAGUUUGCAGUACACAAGUAAUCACCGGGGUUUUUUUUUGUCGGUUGGUUGGUUGGUUUUUCGGUUUGGUUUUGUUUUGGUUUGUUUUUUUGUUUUUUUUUUUUACUUUCGAUACAAAACAUUCCUUUUUUUAUUAGUCACAGUCAUGUAUUCAUUCCAUUCUUCCUUUUGUAAACUUUUUUGGGCCCACAUCUUUUAUGGGCAUUGAUAUAUAUAAAUAUAUAUAUAAAUAUAUAUGAAUAUAUUUUUUUAAGUUUCCUACACCUUGAGGUUGCAUGGUCUGUAAGGUUGGCAUGUCUUUAUAUUGUAUACAGAUUUUGCACGCCAAACUUGGCAGCUUUGAAAAUGAAAAAAAAAAAAAAAAAAUUGUGGUUUGGGGGUUUUUUUGGGUUGGUUUUUUUGUUUUGUUUUGUUUUUUUCCUCUCGUGGCAUUUGCAGAGACUAAAGGUUGGGACGUUGUUGUCACACACACACACCCACGCACCCACGCACGCACCCACACAGCUACACACAAAGGAAGGAGAGUGGGAACAUUUUUUGCGUCUUACUGAACUUACUAAGAAAUUGUGCUUUUUAUUGUUAAAAAAUAAAAGAGUAAAUAAAAAGGACUACUUAAACAUUUCUCAUUUUAAGAAGAAAAAGAAAAAAAAGAAAAAAAAAAAAAAAAAAGACGUUUAUCUAGCACUUGUGACUUACCAAUAAUAGAGUUUAUUGUAUUUAUGUGGAAACAGUGUUUUUAGGGAAACUACGCAGAACACAAAGUAAACUGCCUGUGUCAUUAUUAUUUUUUUUUUCUUUUCAUUUGGGUUGGUAUUUUGUUUUGAUUUCUCGGCUGGGUGGGGAGGUUGGAUGCAACCCUUUGUCAACACACGUAGUCGUUACUUCUAAGGAGAUGAGUGACGAGGACUUUAAAGAGUUAACUCUUCAGCACAGCUGCGUUAACUUUUUUAAAAUUACUUUUACAUGAUGUAUUAUUGCUGGGUUUCACUUUAAACAGUCGUGUACUGUGCAACACUGUGGUUUAAAACGAGACUUUACAUCAAAAAGAAAACAUGUUUCUUCAUUGUCAUGAAGUUGAGCUCGUUCUCAGCUCAUCUUCACUUUGUCUUUGAUAUUGAUGAAAAAGUAUCCUAUUGAAAGAAAAUAAAUUAACACUUUUCUGUGCUCCAUAGUGGAGGCGCUAUUUUCCAAUUUAUGAGGAUGACAAACUUAUAUAUAUAAUAUAUAUAUAAAAGUGGGGGGGGAGGGGUUGAAACAUUAUUCACCCAAGAGCUUAUUACAGAUAUGUAGUAUCAAAAAGUUGUAACUAUAUUAUAUUCUACUUUAUACCUAUACAUGCUCAGUAUGACGUCACCAUUGGUAGCAGCUACCGGUUUACGCUGUAAUUUAGACACAGUUUCACUCUUAUUGUAUGGACCCUACUUUAAGUGAUGGUAGCAUUCUUUGUGCUAAAUUUUCUGAUGGUCCUUUCUUUUACUUGGUGGAGUUGGAAUAUUUUUCUCAUUCUUGUUUUUGUUUGGGGUUUUUUGUUUUGUUCUGCUUUUCUCUUUUUUUUGUUGUUUUUUGUGUUUUUUGUUUUUUGUUUUGUUUUUUUUUUUUACUGGCCAAUGGUGUCUUUCUCUGACAGUACCGACUUCAAUUUCAACUUUAUUAGGAGUCCAGUAUUUUGUACCACAUUAUGACAACUUGUUAUUCUUGUGGUGUAAAUAAAAAGAAAAAGUUAAUUAUAGUACCA